UGGGCAGGCAGUUUGGAAAAGGACCCCAAACACACACGUUGGUGGGAUGGUUCAUUAUGAUAACGUGCAAUAACUUUGUUUCAGCCCAGCCAAAAAGCAUUAAGCGAUAGUGGUGUUCAAAACACUUUGUUUUUGAUUUCUUCUUUCCAACAUUUGAAAGCUGAGCAAAGCUCCAAGAAAAGGCGCAUGGCUUCUUGUUCGUCCUACUCCAUGAUUUACUUUUUUUUUUUUGGCUUUACGAUAUUUAAUGGACAUGCUUUUUGUUAUAAAGGCGCACCCAGUACUCGUUUUCCAUCCGUUUUUGACUGUAGCGCCGUGACAUUACUGGGAUAACUGUUGCCUUCGCCAUUGGUUCAACUAUGAGGUUUACACUAUUCAGCAAUCGGCGUUUUCGCCUUGCUUUCUAUGCGUUCCUUUUCGCGGCCCUGAUUGCUCUAGUAGCCAUUCUGGGUGUCACUAAUCGCAAGCAGGGGAAAAGAAAAUUGGAGGCUUCCAGUCUUUUGGAUGCCUGCAGCGGGUUUCCUGCCCUCAACCCGACGAGCUCCUUGGCGGCCCAACGGGUUUUGAACGCUACAGGGGCCUUCGACCCCUUCGAGGUUUACUUGAGAUCGCUGAAUGUCGUGUUUGCGUCCAUGACAUUGGCUUCAUUCGACGUGCUCAAAGCCACUGCCACCUAUCGCUUUGAUUUUGUGGCUCUCGGGGACUUUAGCGAAGAUCCUACUGUGGAUCGUCCGCGACCAAAGUAUGAUUUGAACUUUACCAUACCAGGCGUUACAAGUAUGACUUUUGCCAAAGGCAAGGCCAUGCAGAGGCAGGACGUAACCAUCGGCCUGACGGGCGACGUCAAUGAUUAUCCGUUCGAUACUCAAGAGUCCGCUGUGAUUACUCUGGAAGGGGUAUUCCGCAACACCACCGCCGGCGCAAAUGCCACAGUAGCCGUCGUCCCAAUUGUGGCGGAGGCCUCGGGUUCGUCGCAGGGUUUCCGAAUUGAUUUCCCACCGGACCUUGCUUGUGCUGGUACCCUCGCAGAUGGAACUCCUGCCCAAAUUAUCGCGUCUGCAAAGAUAUCAAGGACUUUUACAACUCAGUUCUUCUCGGUCAUGGUUAGCAUCCUACUUUGGAUCCUUUCUUUGCUUGUUAUCAGCAUUUCCUUAAACAUUGUCAUGCGUGGACGGAAAGUGGAACCACCCGUGAUUGCCUUUUCCGCCGCCAUUCUGUUUGCAAUUCCGGGAGUGCGUAAUGCACAGCCAGGUAUCCCCCCCAUUGGAAGCAACGUUGAUGUCGUUGGUUUCUUCUGGAAUAUAUCCCUGUGCGCCGUUGGUGUCACAAUGCUUCUCGGUCGCUAUUUCUACCUGGCUACCACGACCCCGGACCCGGCCCCCCCGAAACCGCAACCGUCACAGCAGACCGUAGUCGAACAGAUCGUUAUAGAUAAAUAGACUGGAUCACUUGAGGAUGUUUUUCGUCAGCCGAGUAGAUCUUGGUUUGAUUGGAGAACAACUUUCAAUCACGGAUGCCGAACGGUAACCCUCCUGCACUACCGUCAGUGUGAGUUGGUAGCAACCAGAAUAGGAAUUUUCUAUUAAGACAAUGCGAAAGAAUCACCAAGUUGUACUACGCUAAUAUGCAAAACAGAGAAUGACACGCAGUAGGACAUAGAACGGUACAGAGUUGCACUGUGCCUCAGAGCAGUAUGAAGCUCGUUGAGGUCCGUUGGAAAGAUGACACGACCCUUACCAUUGUAUUGCCCGAGCGAAACAUACUGUCACUCAAACAACUUGGACGACCGCAAGCUUCAGUCCAGCUUGAAUCGAUAUACAGAAAAUCAUCUAUCCAAACCUUUUUAGCAUCCGUAGCUUGGGUUGGUGGAAAUACAUUUCGAAAACAUACGCAUGUAUUCAUUUACAAGUUCCGAAAAUCCAUUGCCUUUAAGAA